AUUUUGGCAUAUGUCAUAUGUGAGCCGUGAAGAAAUUUGUCAACAAAAGUAGUGUUGGCAAAAGCACUAAAAUAUUUUUGCUGAAACUAGUUUUUUAAAUAGUUAAUGUGAGUGUCAUUAGUGUUUAACCAUAUUAUCUGAGUGUAAAUAAUCGAAAUGUCCGGGUGGUUAAAUUUCAACGAAAGUAUUAAUACCAUUAAGGGGCAAAUUAGCAACUUUGCUACCAAUGUUUUGGCUGAUGAUGCAGAAGACGAGCCAAGAGAAUCUACAAUUGAAGACUAUCAGAGACUUUGCAGCCAAAAAGACUUAGAGAUCGAACAUUUGAAGAAGGAAAAUGAGAAGCUUAAAAACCACUCAAGGAUAUCUGGGCAAACAAAUGGAGAACCAAACGACAACUGGGAUUGGACAACGCCGGAAAUUACCGUCGAAGAACAAAAUGCACCACAUGAUGAUAUUGCCAACCUGAAAGAUGCCAUCAAACAGCUGGAAAAUGAAAGAAAUCAUCUUCUCGAUCAGUUAGAGCAGUUAGAUAUAGAAAACCAACAGAACUUGUCGGAGCUGGUUAAAAUCAGGGAAAAACUACAAGAUGAAAACACCGAACUCAGAGAUAAAAACGCUCAAUUGAAACAGCAAAACAGGUCUCUGGUUUCAAAGGAGGAAAAACUAAACAAAAUAAUUGAAAACUUGGAAGCGAAAGCACCAACGAAGCAAAACGGGGUACCAGAAGAACUGGAAGCAAAAUUGGAACAGGCAACAAAAGAACUGGCCGUGUUUCAAAGUGUUAAUGAAACAUUGCAAAAAACCCUUGAAAACACUAAGAAAGGCUUCGAAACAGAGCUAUCUGAGGUGCUCCAGAAGUUAAAGAAAUCUGAAUUGGACACUAAAGCAAUGCAUAGCGAAUUACAAGCAGCUGAACAGUUUGUAGAAGCAGCUGAAGUGAAAAGACAAGCAGACGCAGAAAAUUGUCAGAAACUGGAAUUUAUUUUGGAAAGCUAUGAAAAACAAGUUACCACCCUCAAGAGUGAAUUAGCCAACAUCAAAAAUGUAAAAGAACCCGAUUCUGCUAUAGAAAAACUAUGUCAACAGUUGCAAGUGGAUCUAAAUACGGCCUCACAAAAUGUAGCUAACUUAGAGAACCAAAAAGCAAAGCUGAUUGCUGAUUUGGAACUACAUGAGUCUGAAUUUAAACACAAACUAGAGCAACUUGAACUCCAACUGAAGGUAAAAACUGAGGAGCUCUCAUCUUUAAAAAUGCACACUAACAUCAACUCACCAGAAACUGGAAUAAAUUCGCCAUAUCAAGACCAGAUUUCCAAAUUACAGGAGCAAAACAAAGCAUUACAACAGGAGUUGGAAAACUUUAAUCAAGCUUGGGACGCAAUGCAUGUGAUGUACAUCAACACUAUCCACAAUUUUAUUAGCAAACACAUUGAUCCAUCAGUAAUACCUGGCGAACCUAGUCCUGAUUUUUUUGCUGGAGAAGAUCCACAGUUAACUGAGUUUAUCAAUCAAAUUGACAAUAUUUUCAAGAUUUUGCUGGAAUAUAAAGAAAAAUGUGAGAGCUUAGAAAAGGCGCUAAUGGAAGCCUCCAAUGAGAAAACUAACAUCUUAAAUGAGAAAUACACCGAAAUUGAAAAACUGAUUCAAAACUCCGAGAUGCUUAGUGAAGAGGUGAUUAAAAAAGGAGAAACCAUCAAGGAAUUUGAAUCGGAAGUUUCACAAUUGAUCGAAAGCAACGAUCUUUUACUAUCAGAAUUGGAUUCGUACAAAACCUCGAACUUGCAAACCAUUUCCGAGUCAAAUGAGGACAGUAUGAUAUUGCUGGAAAAUUGCCUGGAAAACGCAAAUAAACGAAUCGAGGAGCUGGAAGAUAUUAUCGACACUGGUAAAAAGACUGAAAACGAGAUCGCCGACACAUCGAUAGAAGAUAAAGUCGCUAAGAAGCAAGAUGAUUAUCAAGAGCUACUAAAUAGCUUCGACGAGCUGAAACUGGAUUAUGAUGAAGUAGCUGAGAAACUUAAGAAAGCCAAUGAAAAAGUACGCUUAGUCGAAGCAGACAAUGAGGAAUUGAAAAUGGCGCUGGACAAAAUCAAGGGAGAAUUUGAAAAUACAGACUAUCAACUGUCUGAGGCCAACAUCUACAUAGAGAGCUUGAAGGAAGAACUAACUACAGCAGAAGCCGAGGCAAGAAAACUGCAUCAGGAGAAUGCCGAACACCGGACGUAUGAUAUGAAUCACAUCGAUGCGAAGGAGCAACUCAACGAAAUUAAAGAAAAAUGGAUAAAUGAAGAAAGUCUUCGUCGAGACUUGGAAAGCCAAGUGAAAAAUCUUACAGAAAGAUUGCAAAAUUUGAAAGUAACUGAGACGUCUUUGAAGUUGCAGUACGACACUUUACAGAAAGAAUAUGCUGCCAAUGAAGAAGCUAAAGGCAAUUUGGAGCAGUCUUUGACAAGCGCUAAAGCCAGUAUUACGGAUUAUGAGAACAAUUACACAGAACUUUUGCAGAAAUACGACGCAAUUUUACUGCGCUGUGAGGAACUAAGUACUUUGUUACACGAAAAGGACAUUGAAAUUAUAAAUAUUAAAGGUCUAGAAGAGCAGAAUCGAAAAUUGGAACAGCUUGCAAAGGACAAUUCCGUCAAGUUGGAGUUAUGCGAAACUGUACCUCAACUGAUCGCAGAAAAAGAUGUGCAAAUUGCUAAUAGCCUUGCCAGAGUGAGAGAAUUAGAAUUAGAGUCAGCUGCCUUACAAGGGCUAGCAGUUGAGCAAAAGGAGGAAAUUGCUGGAUUAGAACGCAGAUCCAAAGAGCUGCAGGAUUUGGUGGAGCAAACAAGGGCGGGACUUCUCGCAAAAGACGAGCAUCUAAUUGAACUAAAAAAUCGGUUGGAAAAUGUGGAGCAACACAAUAGAAAGCUGGAACUUGAUUCUGUGGAAAACUCCAUUAAUUCAGAAAUUAAGCUGAGUCCCAACGAGCACUCCAUUGAACCCAUAGACGAUAAAAACAAAGCAUUGCAGGAUGAAAUUCUGGCCCUUCAAACCGCCUUAACCCAGAGUCAACAGAGUAAUGAGGUCUUGCAACAACAGCUUUUAGAACUUGGAAAUUCUCGCAACGAAUUAAUAAACAUGAUAACAAUAAAGCACCAAGAAAGCCUGAGCUACCAUAACGAAAUUCAACGAUUGUCCCAAAUAUUGACUAGCGAAGCCGACAAAUUCAAGCAGUUAGAAGCCAAACUGGUACAAGCUGGCGAAGCCAGCGACGAAAUGGCCAAAAAGAAUGAGGAAAUCGACAAACUACUCGAUCAGAAUAACUUCUUGAAAGAGAAGUGCGACGUCCUAACGAAAAACCUCCUAGAAGAGCAAUCUAAACUACAGCAGCUUAUAGCUGAAAAGUCUGUGCCUUCAGAUAAAGAAAUUUCAUUGUUGAAGCAGUUAGAAAGACUGCAAUCCCAUCUGAUGGAACAGGAGGAACGUUACACGCAAGAACUGCUUCAAGCGGAGCAAAAGAGCUCCCAACUGCGCGCUAAAUUAACCGAUUUGGAGCAACGCGAGAAAAAUUCGAGCACCAUGUACACCUCAGUGAGUAUUAGAGCAAACCAACAAGUUGAAACAUUGCAGAACCAACUCCAAAUGGUAACCAACCAAAGAGACGACUUGAGAAAGAAAAUAUCUGACCUGGAGGACUUCAAUAAUAAGCAAGCAGCUGGUUUGGCCAACCUGCAGUUCGUUCUAGAACAGUUCCAGAAAGAUAAAGAAAAGGACGUUUUAAAAGAAACGGAAAGAAUCCGCCGGCAAAUCAGCACAGAAAAACAAGUCCAAAAUGAACUGCGAGCAGAAAUCAACAGCCUGAAAGGUCAGUUGGAAGAGAGCAAAAUCGGUCUUCAAGCUGCUUCCAGGCUCUCUGACCAAUUGGAGUUGCUGAAGAAGCAGAACUCGGGACUGAAAGAUGAAGUGUCCCAGUUGCAACAAAAGCUAUCAAAAACUCAACAAGCAAUCCAUGACCUAACCAGCCAAACCGAUGGGAAAAUCGACAAAUCCCUAAUCAAAAGUCUACUAGUCGGUUUUCUGUCAUCGGGAAAUAGUAGCAAUUGGAACAAAGACCAGUCGCAGGUUCUGAAAUUGAUCGCCACCGUGUUGGAUUUUAAUCAACAAGACCACGACAAAGUAAAACUGAACAAACCGCAGUCAGGCUCGUGGUUAAGUUCAAUUUUGUCUCCCCAGUCAAAUAACUCGAACAUGUCUCAUGAGUCUUUGUCUCAGGCUUUUGUGAAAUUUCUGGAAAAUGAGUCAAGACCCAGAGUAGUGCCGAGUCUGUUGAGCGAGGAGCCAAAUAAACAUAACUCAAGCACUGAAAGCAGUAAACGAAAUACACCAUCAGCGUCACCAGCUCCGAUAGUAUUAAAUGAAGUAUUUCUUCCUACAUUUGCGGAUUUCGGUCAAAGUAGAAACUCUAGUUCAAUUUUAAAAGACGUGCUGAAAGACAAUAAUAGGUAAACAGGUUUUGCCGUAAUAUAAAUGUCGCUGUAAAAACUGUAUAGUUUCUUUUAUGUCCUUAAAUUAAGAUUGUACAUUCGUUCACUAUUAUUCCAUUACUGUUUUUAUUACAUUUAACCUAUGUACGCAUUUAAUGAAAGAACAAGUUAAAAUAUUUGUAAUAAAUGCAGCUGUUACUCUUA